ACGUGAUCAACAUGAAUCCGCUCAAGAUUUUCUGCUUCGUGGCUUUACUUGUCGCAGCCGCUAGUGCUGCACCCAAGCAUGGCAAGAACAAGGAUAAUGCCGUCUCGAGUAGUUUAAAGCCCACUGAUUGGUUAUCGGUGUCUGAACUCCAGUCGAUGCAGUCAGCUGAGGAUUUAACUAUGCAGCAGUUGGAGAACAUGUCAGUGGAGGAAGGCGAACGAGAAAUUGAGAAAAUUUAUCACCUCUCACAAAUUAACCACGCGUUGGAACCAUCAUUUGUGCCAAGUCCCAGUAAUGUGCCAGUUCUCUUGAUGAAACCCAAUGGUCAACCCGAACAAACCACUUUGAAUGAGAUGGUCGACGCUGCCAAGAAACAGCCCAACUUUGGCAAUGAGGAAGUUACCAUUUUCAUCACUGGCUUGCCCCAGACCAGCCCUGCAGUCGCAAAAGCAAACAAAAACUGAUGUGCGUCAAUCCGCACUC